UAAGAAUUGACAAUACAGUUCGUCAUGAUGAGGGCAGCAUUGAUCGCAUUGUUAGUUGGGAUGGUUGCAGUUACCACUGCACAUCCAGUCCAACCAUAUCCAAACUAUCAAGCAGGUACCCCAUAUGAUUUGAAUAAUGACGGUGUACCUGAUGGACUUGACAGAAAUUUGGAUGGCAAGCCAGAUUAUGGUUAUGGUUAUGGAUACGCUAGACUCCAUGGAUACAGAUACAGACACGGAUAUAGACAUGGUGGCGUUGUUGUGUACCCCAACUACCAAGCUGGAACUCCAUAUGAUCUCAACAACGAUGGCGUUCCCGAUGGUCUUGACAGAAACCUCGACGGAAAAGUUGAUUACUAUGGCAGACACUACUAGAAAGUCUUUCUAUUCAUCAUUCGUUUCCCUGUUUUAUGUUAAAUAAAUAUGAUAUGUACAGUAUCAUAGAUUCAAUGUUAUGUUACAAUGUUAAGC